AUGCCGCAGAUAACAAGAGGGGUCCGGUGUCCCGCGGGCGGCAAGCGACUCAUGCACGGCGGCACAGGCACAGUCUAUACCUUUUGCGACAAACCUGGUGUCGUGGCCAAGCUGCCCUACGAAGACGACGACCACAAGGCGCUGUUCGAGACGGAGAAGCGCAUCUUUCGCCGUCUCGGCACGGCGCACCCGCACAUUGUUCCCUGCCUGGGCAUCGAAGACGACGACCGCGGCGGCCGCAUCUACCUCAAGCACGCCGCGCACAGCGCCAUCCGCCUCUACUUUCGGAGCGGCGGCCGGGCCAGCAUGGCCGAGCGCGUCCGCUGGGCGGCGGACCUGGCCUCGGCGGUCCACUACAUGCACGAAAAGGGCGUGCGGCAGGGCGACAUCGGCGGGCGCAACGUGCUCCUCGACGCCGACCGCACCAUUCUGCUCUGCGACUUUGCCGGGUCCGGGAUCGACGGCGCGCCGCCCGUCGUUUGGGCCGAGGGCGGGUUUCGGCACCCUGCGGACCGAGACCCAAAUACACGGACGGGCACGAUGCCGUGCGAGCUCCACGCGCUCGGAUCGACCAUCUACGAGCUCAUCACGUCCCAUGGCCCGCACGGGACCCACGAUGACGACGGCGCGGGUAUGGCUGCGCGCCUGCUUCGCCAGGGCGAGUACCCCGACGUGUCCAAUGUGGCGCUGGGCGACAUUAUCGAAAAAUGCUGGAAGACCGAGUUCUCUUCUGCACAGGAAGUUGUGGACUGCAUUCGCGAAAAGAGCUGGUUUAACGCCAUAUUUCAGUGA